CGAAGAAAAAAAAGGAAAAAAAAAAAAAAGAAAUCUCGUGGACUACGGACUACGUAAUCUUUGGAGGCUUACGAAUCAACCUUUCCAACACAGUUAGAGAGUAUAUAACCUCGCAAGUUGGAGCAUAACCUGAAAUGCGCGUCUAGCAUAACGUCAGAGAAAAAAUAUUGAGUAAAAAAUAAAGAGUAUUUUUUAAAAAUAUAAUCAUUAAAAACUUGUGUAUCGCCAUCGGCACUGCAAAAGAAUCUUUGAAAUAUUACAUCUGUGUAAAAAUAAUAUUUUUAUACUUUAUUAAUAAAAUCUACUCGUAAAUUUCAUAAUGAAAUCUAUUAUUCUCUGUUUUUAGUGCUUCGCAAAACAUUAAAUCAAUCAAUUUCACUAAAUAAAUAAAUUUCUCUCUCUACAAUGUCGGACGACGAGGACUACAUGUCUGACAAAUUUUUGCAAGGUUGCGAACAACAUGUUUCAUCGAGUCUUAUAUACAAACAUUCUGAUAGAAGAGAAUUUGCGCUAAUGAAAAAAAGGACUGAGAUUGAGUCCAGGAUGAAGGAACAAAACAAGCCGAUGCGAGUAGUUGAAGCAGAAAAAAGGGAGGAAGGUUUGGCAUCUGCCAUUACUAGUGCAAAUAAAGGUUUCGAGAUGCUAAUGAAGAUGGGAUACAAACCUGGUCAAGGGAUAGGCAAGACUCAAUCAGGAAUGACUGAACCAAUUCCCGUAGAAGUGAAGGUGGACAGACAAGGCCUAGGCAAAACACUAAAAAAAGAAUCGUAUAGUAAGAAUCAUGAGAACACAAAUGCAAAUUCAGAUAAUAUGAACACCAGAGAUUUCCGUAGCAGAUUAGCUCAAGAAAAGGCAGAGCAAUUGCAAAAGGUGGAUUUAUACAAAAGUCAAAAGGUAUGCCAGGAAUUAGAUGCCAAAGAAAAUAUUGAGAAACCUGAAGAAUCUUGGUUUUGGCCGGACAGCAAGGAAAUAAAAGAAGAAGAAAAAGAAGAAAAUGAUACCGAUGAUAAUGAAAUUGACCAGAACAUUGAAGAUCUCAGCAAUUUGGAAAAACUUGACAUUCUUACUAAGUACCUGAGGAAGAAGUACUUUUACUGCAUUUGGUGUGGAUUGAAGUUCGAUGACGAAAAUGAUUUAAGAGACAAUUGUCCGGGAAGUACAAGAAACGAUCAUUGAAUGAGUUUAUGAACGUGAAAUAUUAUGUAAGAUUAUUUUUACGGCUCAUUAGAAAAAUAAUGUUAAUACAUUUUGGAUGUCGCUAAAAACAUUCCUCAUUUUGUCGACUGCAUGCUCUAAAAUAUACGAAAGAAUAAGAGUAAA